AACGGUAAUUCAAACUAUAGCAGGCGCAUUUUAGUGCUUUCACUGAACUGCGCCUCCGACGUGCUAUCGUGCGCCUCCGUUGACAUUGUCUCUUCCCCCUUUCUCUCAUGAAGAAAAACCCAUCGCUGAAGAAGAGGAGGACCAGUGAGCCGCAGCAGAGUCCUCCAAUGGCGGAUCCUCCGCGGCGGAAGCCCCGCGCUCUGGUCACAGUUCCCAACCUUCUUUCGUUCUGUCUUGUCGCCUCCGUCGUCGUCCUCUUGCUCGUUUCGUCCAACUCGUGGUUCGUUUUCGUUCAUGGGGUUUCAUAUGAGACGAUCACUGUUGUCAAUGAGUUCCCUCAUGAUCCUGAAGCCUUCACUCAGGGCCUUCUUUAUACUGGAAAUGACACCUUGUUUGAGUCAACUGGACUUUAUGGGCAGUCUUCUGUCCGUAAAGUAGCUCUUCGUUCUGGGAAGGUUGAAGAACUUCAUAAGAUGGAUGAUUCACUAUUUGGGGAAGGUUUAACUCUCAUCAAUAAUAGGCUCCUCCAAGUAACUUGGCUGCAGAAAACGGGUUUCAUAUAUGACCACAAAAAUUUAAGCCAGCUAGGAACAUUUCAUCAUGACAUGAAAGAUGGUUGGGGUCUCGCAAGUGAUGGAAAAGUCUUGUUUGGAAGUGAUGGCAGUUCAACAUUAUACCAACUUAAUCCUCAAACAUUUAAAGCUGUCUCAAAACAUGUUGUCUACUAUAAUGGUCAUCAAGUAUACAAUCUCAAUGAAUUGGAAUAUAUUCAUGGAGAAGUUUGGGCAAAUGUAUAUGGGGCUGACUGCAUUGUAAGAAUCUCUCCCAAGGAUGGUGCUGUUCUUGGAUGGAUUCUCCUCCAAAGUUUAAGGAAGGAACAAAUAGAAGCUGGAUAUAUGGGUCUUGAUGUUUUGAAUGGGAUAGCAUGGGAUCAUGAGCAAGAGCGGAUUUUUGUGACCGGAAAACUGUGGCCAAAGCUGUAUGAAAUCAAGGUUUUACCAAUCAAGACACCGAUUGAAGAAGGAAUUAUAGAGCAGCUUUGCUUGCGCAAACCUUUCAAAUUUCUAUGAGAUUAAGUGUUUCUGCGUUAGGCUUUAAAAUCUACUAGUUUUGUACCUGUGCACCGCACAGAACAAUAUGUAUGGUAACUUUAUAAAAAUAGUGUAGUUAUAUUAAAAAUUAAAUAUGAGAAAUAUCACAAAAAUAGAGCGAACGAGUGUAUAACAUUGUUGCGUUAUGAGGCGUCAUCCAGGGCUUUUCAGUUUUCAUACACCGAUGUAGUUUCAUACACCACAUUAAAUUAAUGAAGAUGAUCAUCAAGAGAUA